GUGUACUUUGGUGAUAAUUUUUAUAACAAUAAUAUAUUAAAAAUUAAAAAAUAAGUAAUUUUGAAGGAAUAUCCUUUGAAUAACUGUCUAGAAGAUGAAGACUGAAAAUAAUAAUUCGAAUCAAGUAAAUUCUGGAAUCGAGCAACGUUUAAGAAGUCCAAAGUGUGCUAGAUGCAGGAAUCAUGGGGUGAUUUCCGGUUUAAAGGGUCACAAAAAAUCGUGUGCAUGGAAAGAUUGCCGUUGUCCUUGCUGUUUGCUGGUGGUCGAAAGGCAACGGGUGAUGGCCGCUCAAGUUGCGCUCAGAAGACAACAGCAGGCUCAAGGAAAUUUUUUCAGUGAAAAUGUUUCAACAGUUUGUCACACGCCGAUUGAUACAGCCGGUUCUUCAUAUUUUAAAACUGAUCAAACACCAAUUUGUCGAAGAGGAAAGAAUAUUCAACGACAUCAAUUGCAUUUUACGCAAACUAGCAUUAGUGUGACUCAAGGAUUCUAUGGAUUGAAGACGAUCCACGGUUUACCUGCAGCAUUCACCGCUGAUGCUCCAUUGUUGAAUGGUAUGUCACAAAAUCAAGAAUAUAAACAAGAAUCUGAAGAUUCGAAAAAAAUACAGUCUUUCCCAAAUAUGUAUUCUACGAUUCCAUGGUUUGAACAAGUCACGGAACCUCGUAAAAUGAAGAAAACUUUUAAUAACUUCACUUCCGCUGUAAAUGAUCACAAUGAUAUUUCUGUAGCUAAGAAUGGAUCUUGCUUGGAGAAAAAAUCAACAAUUUCUUUUAGUGUAGAAUCUAUCAUUGGAACAAAGUGAUACGUAAUGAAUAUAAUUAUUUUAUACGAUAUUGCAUUUCAUCAUUGUAA